UUUUUGAGCUCCUUUCCGAGAGUAGGUGACUUUAAGAAAUGGGAAGAGCCUUAGGCAAAAAUGAUGGCCAUUUAUGGGUUUUUACUAUGUUACUAUAUGUCAGGGACUGUACUUCGUCUUUUUCAAUACGUAAAUCCUGUGUGGAAGAUACUAUUCACAUGUUCCACGUAGAAAAACUGAGGCACAGAGAGGUUAAGUAACUUGCGUGAGAUCACAGAGCUGUAAGUAACAGAGAUGGGAUUCCAGGAUAGGAGUCUUGUUUCCAAAUUCAGUAGGCUUAACUGCCAGUAUAUAGCCUUCCCAUAUAUUCCAGAACAGCUCAGUUUUCAGAUGAGGAACUGAGGCCCAGAGGUGAAAUUGCACAGUUAACGUUUGUCAAGUAUGUAACACAUUUCCUGUAAGGUGUAAAGGUCUGUCUUUACCUCUUUCCCUUGAAUUCCUGUUGGUUUGGUUCACUCCCUAGAGCAGAGGUCUCCCAACUUCCAAGUUCUUCCUACCCGUCAGUUCUGUCUCUCCUCCUACAACUGGGCUCCUUGGACGACUUCUCUUGCUCCUCGGGCACUGAGAAUCGGACCAGCCAGCCCUGGUUGAGCGAUGCUGAGCCUAAAGCACUUCUUGAAGGCAGAAGGAACAUCGCAGGAAGUGAAUCCCCAGAGAAGACCCUGUGGGAUCAGAGCUUAGUAGCUGAUUAAGACAGUGCUCAGCCCAGGGCUGUCACCCGGGAAUUCUUGAUGAGUCAGAGAACACUCAGGGAGCCCCAGACCUCAGAAUGCUGACUUUUCCUCCGUCGUACCUGCUCAGGGUCUGUAAGGCCCAGCCUGUUCCCGAUAAUGACCUCUUUUCUCUGAGCUUGUCUUCUCUUUUCUGGUACUGGUCCUCCUUCCCACUUACCACUCCCCAGUGAAGGAAGUUGUGAUAUCUGGGAGGAGAAAGAAGACAAAUGCAACCAUAUGAACUUGGACCUUUUCUUGUAAUCAGAGACACCGGACAUUGCUCCUGACGUGUAGUCUCUGUGUGCAAGCCAGUCCAGGCCCCGACGAACCCUUUUGACGCUGUUUGCAUUCUAAUGUCCUAUGACCAUGUAGAACUUACAUUCAAUGACAUGAGAAACGUGCCGGAGGCCUUCAAAGGGACCAAGAAGGGCACCGUCUACCUUACCCCGUACCGGGUCAUCUUCCUGUCCAAGGGGAAGGACGCCAUGCAGUCCUUCAUGAUGCCAUUUUACCUGAUGAAGGACUGUGAGAUCAAGCAGCCUGUGUUUGGGGCAAACUACAUCAAGGGAACAGUGAAGGCCGAAGCAGGAGGUGGCUGGGAAGGCGCUGCAUCGUACAAGUUGACCUUUAUGGCAGGGGGCGCCAUCGAAUUUGGACAACGGAUGCUACAGGUGGCAUCUCAAGCCUCCCGAGGCGAAGCCCCCAACGGAGCCUAUGGUUACUCUUACAUGCCCAGCGGGGCCUAUGUCUUCCCCCCGCCAGUCGCCAAUGGAAUGUACCCCUGCCCUCCUGGCUACCCCUAUCCACCGCCCCCACCUGAGUUCUAUCCAGGACUUCCCAUGAUGGACGGAGCCAUGGGAUAUGUGCAGCCUCCGCCACCACCCUACCCUGGGCCCAUGGAGCCUCCGGUCAGUGGCCCUGAUGUCCCCUCCACUUCUGCAGCGGAAGCCAAGGCCGCAGAAGCAGCUGCCAGCGCCUAUUACAACCCGGGCAACCCGCACAACGUCUACAUGCCCACGAACCAGCCUCCGCCACCGCCCUACUACCCCCCAGAAGAUAAGAAGACCCAGUAGACCCCUCCCACCCCCUCCUCCCACCUCUCAUCGCUCUUUCCUCCCCUCCCCUUGGGCUGAGUCUGGGGUGGGAGGUGAUGGGAGAGCCUUGUCCUUCCUCCAGGUUUGAUUAUAAAACAGUUACCAGGAACUGUCAUUGAAGGAGGGGAAGGGCCCCUUGACUCGGAAGCGGCGCCUCCCAGCUUCCCACGCGAGCCCAGAACCCCCAGGCGCUUCCCUCCCCCCAUCUCUGGGGGCGUCCCCCUUGUUCCUGUUUGGCUUCUACACACGGAGGGACUCUCUGGCCACCUCCUCCAGCAGUCCAGCCCCCUGUUCUGGUAGCGCCUUUAUCCUCAGCCUCAUGAGCUCCGUCAGACCAGCCACGUGUCUUCUCCGGGGCCCCUGCCAGGCCCUACUCACAUUCCCCCCACUGUAGUCUGUGCCUGGCUGUGAGAGGCCCCCUUCCUGCCGGACUGUCGGCCCACAUUCCUUUCCCAGCCAGCCUCGGCCCCCGUCUCGCUCACCUUCCUUUCCCUGUCCUGUCCUGGUCAUCCUGUUGCCACCACUUUUGACCUUUGGAGCUCUCCCCUGAGCUGCCGGGGCGGUGGCAUCAGGGCCAGGCCCCUGCGACAGGGGAGGGAGCCCUUCUGCUUCCCUGCUAGUUUUUCUGGAAUUUGUUUCCCUUUGCCUUCUUGCUUUUCCCUCUAGAAGGGGCUUCUUGGACUGGAACUGGAGAGUGCAUGUCCAUUUGGAGGCUGCGGGGCAGGCGGGGAACACGGCACCUGAUCUCUGAGGCCUGGCCAGGGUGCUGACCGUGACCUCUCGCCAGCCCCUCAGCCUGCCCCCUUCCCUUUGAGCUUCACGCCUGGUUGGCAGUAUGCUCCCUGGAUACACUAAAAUUUGCUCUCAUUUGCUCCUGGACUGGCCUUCAAGUGAGGAGAUGGUUAUUUAAAGAGAAUUCCCUAUUUAUUUGACAAAAAAAAAAAUCCAGUUAAUAUAUUAAUGUGAAAUAAACCCUGUUUGCACCUUGAUUUGUCUGCUGAAAAUGUGAACUAGUAAAAAUGAAGUAACUGGA